GCGUUGCCAUGGCAGCCUUUGACGUCAGCGCUACUCGGCCCCUGCCCCUGCGCCAGGGAAGCUGCGAGUGGGUGGGAGACCCCGUGGAUGCGUCCGGGAAGAGCGCGCGGAUUGUGACUGUCAACUGGGCAGCAGGAACAUCACCACCGGCUCUGAGAAAGCGAUCACCAUGGCGAAGAACGAACUUGUGCAGAAGGCCAAACUGGCCGAGCAGGCCGAGCGUUACGACGACAUGGCAUCCGUGAUGAAACAGGUGACUGAGAAUGGAGAGGAGCUGACUGACGAAGAGAGAAACCUGCUCUCGGUGGCCUACAAGAACGUGGUGGGGGCGUGCCGCUCGGCGUGGAGGGUCAUCUCCAGCAUCGAGCAGAAGAUGAAGGCCGAGAACAGCGACAAGGAGCAGAUCGCCAAAGAGUACCGUGAGAAGAUCGAGUCCGAGCUGCAGACCAUCUGCACAGAUGUGCUGCAUCUCCUGGACAAGUUCCUGAUCCGCAGCACGUCUCCAGCCGAGAGUCAGGUGUUCUACCUGAAGAUGAAAGGAGAUUAUUAUCGCUACCUGGCCGAGGUCGCCGUGGGAGACAACAAAACCAGCAUCGUGGAUAAAUCCAAGGAGGCGUAUCAGGCUGCGUUCGACAUCAGCAAAGAGAACAUGCAGCCCACUCACCCCAUCCGGCUCGGCCUGGCACUGAACUUCUCCGUCUUCUACUAUGAGAUCCUCGGCUCGCGCGAACAUGCAUGCGAACUCGCCAAGAAGGCAUUCGAUGACGCGAUCGCUGAGCUCGACCAGCUGACCGAGGACUCGUACAAAGACAGCACCCUGAUCAUGCAGCUGCUCCGAGACAACCUGACACUGUGGACUUCAGACAAUCAGGAGGAGACGGAGGAGGGACGAGAAAACAACUAAAAAACAAACAAACAAAUGUUGCAGAGAGCCUGAUACACACUCUCUGCUCCUCCACCGCACCAGCCUCUCCUGUGUGUGUGUGUGUGUGUGUGUGUGUGUGUGUGUGUGUGUGUGUGUGUGUGUGUGUGUGUGUGUGUGUGUGUGUGUUUAAAAGGGAGGUGAUUUGGUCAUUUCUUAGGGCACAAACUAGAGGGUGGGAUCAUUUUUAAUAAACUGGACACCUGUGUGUGUGUGUGUGUGUGUGUGUGUGUGUGUGUGUGUGUGUGUGUGUGUGUGUGUGUGUGAGAGAGAGAGUGCCUGCUUAGAGGUUGAAUGAGAUUGAACUGGGACUCCAGUCUGACCCGAUAUCGAUCUUAACCCCUGUAUUGUGAUCGUUGCCAAACUUUGUAUCGUGGUUGAUGAUAUUAUUGUAAUAAUCUAUUUAACAAUUCACAGGUGAUAUUUUUUCAGCGUGACGAACGAGUAAAUCAUGUAGCUUUAUUACGUAAUAUUGUUACCAUGGGAACGUGUUUCCGUGUUAAAUUUAGCGAUCAGAUCUGUAAGCCUGAGACGGCACGAGUGUUUGAUUGGAGUUGUAGUUUAUCUCGGGAACGUCGCGCUCCCCAGCGCCAGCUUUUAUUCUGCUCUUUCAGCGCUACUGCUAGGGGUUUUCUUUACGCUAGAGUGUCUCAGGCUUGUGUGUGUGUGUGUGUGUGUGUGUGUGUGUGUGUGUGUGUGUGUGUGUGUGUGUGUUUGGCUCAGGUCAGUUUAUCAGGGUAAAUGAACAUCUCCUGUGUACGUUAUGGCCGUGUGUCUGUACCACACCAUGGCAUGUUAUUGUUACUGUUAGCGUUAUUGAUGAGGGACGGGUUCAUUUCAGCCAAAUAAAGAACAUGGAAAAAAACUAAAA